UAAACCGUGGCUGUAUGGCAUGCCGACACCCACCACUAGACAGUGCUGUUGUAUUUGGUGACGUGCUUCAUUUCCAGCUAUAAACUUCCGGUAAUAACUUCCCGUGUUCUCUUUCACCAGUCCGAUUCAACAUGGGCCGAGUCAGGACCAAGACCGUCAAGAAGGCCGCCAGGGUCAUCAUUGAGAAGUACUACACCCGGCUGGGCAAUGACUUCCACACCAACAAAAGGGUCUGCGAGGAAAUCGCCAUUAUCCCCAGCAAGCCUCUACGCAACAAAAUUGCUGGCUUUGUGACCCAUUUGAUGAAACGUAUCCAGAGGGGCCCGGUCAGAGGAAUCUCCAUCAAGCUGCAGGAAGAUGAGAGGGAAAGAAGGGACAACUACGUCCCAGAGGUUUCCGCUCUGGACCAGGAGCUCAUUGAGGUCGAUCCUGACACCAAGGAGAUGCUCAAGAUGCUGGAUUUCGGUGGACUUUCCAACCUUCAAGUUACCCAGCCAACUGUUGGAAUGAACUUCAAAACGCCACGAGGAGUCUAGAAAAUGUACCCUAUUCCUUCAAAUAAAGACAAAUGAAAACUC